AGUUUUAGGAAACACCAUAGAGGCACCGACCUGUCUCUGCGAACAUAAUGUCGGGCAGAAAGCCCCGGUCAGUGGCAAACCCUCUGGAGUCUACGAUCACCACCCCGAGUGAGAGAAUACUGAAAGAAUGCCACAGUUUGUAUGUGGACAGCGAGAACGGCCUGGUGAAGAUUGCCAGCAGCCUAGGAGUGCGGCUCCUGCCUCCGAGAAAGAAGAUUAUAGUGAUGAUAAUGGGCAACCACUCUGCAGGGAAGAGCUCCUUCAUUAACUGGUAUGUUGAGGAGCACAUACAGAAAACAGGCGUGGCCAUUGAAACACAAGGAUUUACUUUCAUCACAAGUGGCCGUAAAAGAGAAUCACUGACGGGAAAUGCAACAUUACAUCUCUACCCCCACUUUAGACCGCUCCUCGAGUUCAAAGGUGUCAUGGACUACCUGUCAGCUGAGAUCUCUACCUCCAAGCAGAAGAAGUUCAGCCUGGUGACAUUUAUUGACACACCUGGUUUGGUUGAUGGGGAUAUGAUCUACCCAUUUGAUGUAAACAGUGCCAUCACCUGGUUGGGAGAACAAUCCGACCUGAUAUUUGUGUUCUUCGACCCGAUGGGCCAGGCGCUGUGCAAACGCACACUCAACAUUGUCGAGAAACUGAGUGAGAAAUGUGCAGAUAAGCUGCUCUUCUACCUCAGUAAAGCAGAUGAAGCUGGGAAAGAAACAGACAGACAGAGGGUUUUGAUGCAGAUCGUCCAGGAAUUGUGUCGCCGUCCAGGUUUGAAUAAAUGUGGUUUUGAGAUGCCCACAAUUUACAUCCCCAACCCACAGAAGCCAAGCCGGUGUGUGAAUGAAAUCGAUGGGGUUUGUCAGACGAUUGAGAAGACUAUCAACCAGGCCGUUCAGAAGACUUUGGAUCAGCUGGAGAAAGACUGUGACCUUAUUUGUUCAACCAUCAGCAGCAAACUACAGCAGGACAGGGCUGAUGUGAGUCACAACAAAACUGUUCGUCUUCAUUCACUGAUGUAUGGGACUUUGGGAAUUUUCCUCCCUAUUCUCUUCAUCCUCAGCUUUAUUGUGAACUCCUUCUCCAAAGAGCAUCUGGAUGAGCUUUUGGGUGAAGGACUGUCUCGAACAGUUUUUGCUUUCACUGGAAUAGUGAUGUAUUUAUGGGAAUGGAUACCAGAAGAUGGACAAGUAGUGUUUGUGAUCGUGUUUGGGGCUUUUUGCUACCUCUUGCUUUUCUUGGCAAAGUAUUUUGCAGGCCGAGGGAAUAAGACUCUGUCAAAGAAAGAGAAGAGGAAAAUGGCUGAGUACAGUGACUAUAUCCACGAUAUCGUCAAAACCAAGAAGGGUAAACUGUAUGAGUGGUACCUCCAGCAAUGUGCAGCAGAAUAUGACCUCUGACCCAGAUAAGGUGAAGACAGUUUGCACAAAUACGCUGGCGUUUUUUUUUUUUUUUUUUGCCAUCGUAAAUCCCUGUUUUUUAGUGGGAACAGCAGGACUUAAUGAAAAAAACUGACCAUCCACCCUGGGUUUUCCUGUUUAUUCCGUCAUACAGGUGUGACCUCUAAUGCAGCAGAGAUCACUGCCACCGUUAUCAUCUCAAGAGCUAUAACUAAAAAGUGCCUUAGUGUGCUCAGAGGAGAAGCUGUGAUUCUAAUCGCUUCAUUGAUGCAAAUUUCAAAAUGUGAAUAGAUUUUUAAAAAAAUCUUUAUAGUACAUGAAUGUGUUUACAAAUGACUUUUCUUAAUUUCUUCAAGGGUAACUUGCAGCUUUUUUUCUAUUGGCAAAACUGUUUUAAUGAUUAAAAAAAAGCCAGUUAUUGUUUUCAUGAUGCUCUCCUCAAAUUUCAAUGUAGCUGUGAGUCUGUCAUGUUUUUAAUCGACGGCAGAAUGUCCAGCCCAUAGAAUGUGUUUCAAUGCUGAAGGUUUUUAUUACUCCAGUGAACAGUGUUGUGAUAACUGGGGUAUUAUGGUCAUUGGACUUUUUAACUUUUCAUACCAAUAACACAGUGACCAUAAGUUUCUCAUUUCCUCCAAAGAGUCGGUUUGAUUUACUUAAAACACAGCCUUUAGGCCAGUUUCUAGACUGUCUUCAGAUAGUAUUUACACAUAGCACAAUAAAUGCUUCACAUACUUUAAUCGGACAGUAUAGUUAAACUGGAGGGAGUCUGUCAUUGCACUGAUGUGUCUCCUGGUUGAGUUUAUGAUAAUGUAUCAUUAUAUAUUGUCAUUAGAUCAAAUGUUUGUGACUAUAAUACAAUGUGAAGCCAUCACUCCAGUGUUUGUUGGUAUAUUUAUUGGUCUCAACAGGUGUCUUUGAGGUACUUUUUACCCAGUUGUUCUAAUAGAAAACCUCUCCGGGCUGUUUGCAAUAUUAUUGUGAACAAUCUCAGUGUGAAUUGAGUGUAUUAGAUGCCUCGUCCUAUUGUCUUCCCCCUCCUCCUUGUCCUCAUUAGGGAAUUAUUUCUGGUUUAGUGAUUUUUGUUUAGAUUUUUUAAUUAUACAUUGUGUAGGCAUUAUGUUUUAUUAAUU